UCAAUUUCUCCUUCAAUGUUAAAUCAUCUGAGGAGAUCUGCAUUUUUCACAAUAAUUUUGUAACUUCACCCAAAUGGGAUUUUUUUAAAAAUUUAUUUAUUUAUUUUGAUAUUGGGUGGUUUUUGUUUUCAUCUAAUGGAAAUGGGUUUUUCAUGUUAUCUGCAUUAUAUUGUGUUGGUCCACUCACUGAUUUUACUUUGAGUUUGUUGUUUCUUUUGCUUUUGGCUUCGAGUAUUGUGUGGCAUCAUAAUCUAUAAAUGGGUUGUUGCAGAAUUUGUUGGUGAGGUCCGGGAUUGUGUUGGCGUUUGGCUCAGUGUGUACAAACUGAUCAUAAUCUUUUUCUGGCUUUGUUCCAAAACAAGCAUAUGCCAGGAAACAAGUAUAACUGCAAGCCUUCCACACCCAAAACUAGAUUGGAAAGGCUAUUGCUUGAUAGAGAGCUUCGGAAAUUCAACAGGUUUUUCAGUCUGAAUGAGGAUUUUAGUGAUGGCCUUAGAGAAGCAGAUAUCAUUGCAAAUGAUUCGUUAUCAAAUGAGGCUGAAAAUUGUGGUCCACAGAAUGAGGAGCCAUUGUUAGAAGGGGUUGAUGGAUGUGAACGACCUCCUAAACAACGUUUAUUGGUGGUUGCCAACAGGCUGCCUGUCUCUGCAGUUAGACGGGAUGAGGAUUCAUGGCAACUUGAGAUGAGUGUAGGAGGGCUAGUCAGUGCACUGGUGGGUGUGAAGGAGUUUGAUGCCAGAUGGAUUGGUUGGGCUGGUGUAAAUGUACCUGAUAAAAUUGGACAAAAAGCACUAACUGCAGCUUUGGCUGAAAAGAGGUGCAUCCCAGUUUUUCUUGACGAAGAUAUUGUUCAUCAGUACUAUAAUGGUUACUGCAACAACAUUCUGUGGCCACUUUUCCAUUAUCUCGCACUUCCACAAGAAGACCGCCUUGCAACCACCCGUAGUUUUCAGUCUCAGUUCAAUGCAUAUAAGAAGGCAAACCAAAUGUUUGCUGAUGUUGUAAAUGAACAUUAUGAGGAGGGAGACAUCGUUUGGUGCCAUGAUUACCACCUAAUGUUUCUUCCAAAAUAUCUGAAAAAAUAUAACAGCAGAAUGAAAGUUGGUUGGUUUCUUCACACGCCCUUUCCUUCCUCGGAAAUACAUAGGAUGCUGCCAUCUCGUUCAGAGUUAUUGGGAUCUGUUCUUGCUGCUGAUUUAGUUGGUUUCCACACAUAUGAUUAUGCAAGGCAUUUUGUAAGUGCUUGUACUCGUAUCCUUGGACUUGAGGGCACACCUGAAGGAGUAGAAGAUCAGGGAAAGCUGACUCGUGUGGCUGCGUUUCCUAUUGGGAUAGAUUCUGAGCGGUUCAUUCGAGCCCUUGAGCUCCCUCAGGUACAAGACCACAUGGAAGAACUGAAGGAAAGAUUUGCCGGAAGAAAGGUAAUAUUAGGUGUUGAUCGUCUUGAUACGAUCAAAGGAAUUCCCCAGAAGAUUUUGGCAUUUGAAGAGUUCCUUGAGGAAAAUCCAGAAUGGAGAGACAAAGUCGUUUUACUGCAAAUAGCUGUUCCAACAAGGACAGAUGUUCCUGAAUAUCAAAAACUCACAAGCCAGGUUCAUGAGAUUGUUGGGCGCAUUAAUGGAAGAUUUGGGACUCUAACUGCUGUUCCAAUACACCAUUUGGAUCGAUCUCUUGACUUUCAUGCAUUAUGUGCACUAUACGCUGUUACUGAUGUUGCACUCGUUACAUCUUUAAGAGAUGGAAUGAAUCUUGUCAGUUACGAGUUUGUUGCCUGUCAAGCUUCCAAGAAAGGGGUCCUCAUUCUAAGUGAGUUUGCAGGUGCUGCACAGUCUCUUGGUGCUGGUGCCCUUUUGGUGAAUCCAUGGAAUAUCACAGAAGUUGCUGCUUCAAUUGGUUAUGCUUUGAAUAUGCCAGCAGAUGAACGAGAAAAAAGGCACAACCAUAACUUCAGGCAUGUGACAACGCACACAUCACAAGAGUGGGCUGCAACCUUCAUGAGUGAACUCAAUGACACCAUUGUUGAAGCUCAAUUAAGGACAAGACAAGUUCUGCCUCUGCUUCCUAUUAAAGUUGCAGUCGAAAGAUAUUCGCAAUCCAAUAACCGUUUGCUUAUUCUGGGAUUUAGUUCAACUUUAACUGAACCAGUGGACAGCCUAGAUAGAAGGGGUGAUCAGCUUAAAGAAAUGGAACCCAAUCUGCACCCAGAAUUAAAGGAACCUUUGAAGAAACUUUGUGAGGAUCAAAAGACAACUGUUGUUGUCCUCAGUGGAAGUGAUAGAAACAUUCUCGAUGAAAACUUUGGAGAAUACGAUAUGUGGUUGGCAGCAGAACAUGGGAUGUUUUUACGUCUUACAACUGGAGAGUGGAUGACAACAAUGCCCGAAAAUCUCAAUAUGGAUUGGGUCGACAGCGUAAAGCAUGUUUUCGAGUAUUUUACAGAAAGAACACCUCGAUCACAUUUUGAUCUUCGUGAAACUUCUCUUGUAUGGAAUUACAAAUAUGCAGGUACUCAAUUUGGAUAUAAGUCUUCAGAUGUUGAGUUUGGAAGGAUUCAAGCAAGGGAUAUGUUGCAGCAUCUUUGGACAGGCCCAAUAUCGAAUGCAGCAGUUGAUGUUGUUCAAGGUGGCCGCUCUGUUGAGGUUCGGGCAGUUGGUGUUACAAAGGGUGCAGCAAUAGACCGUAUUUUAGGAGAAAUAGUUCAUAACCGAGGCAUGAAGACACCCAUAGACUAUGUCCUCUGCGUUGGUCACUUUUUGACUAAGGAUGAAGAUAUCUAUACAUUUUUUGAGCCAGAGCUUCCAAAUGAACCACCUGCUAAGGCCCGAUGCAGGUCGCUGGACCCUGUAACUUCACAUUUGCCAAAGGUCCCUUGCAGUAGAAGUCGUUCCAAAGCUCACCUUAAUAAGCAAAGGUCCAUGUCAACCUUGGAAAGGAAUAAGGUGGGAACUCCUGCUUGGCGGCCCAUUCAACAUGAUAGAAUCAAAAUGCAUGAGGGCUCUUCUGUACUCGAUCUUAAAGCGGAGAACUACUUCUCUUGUGCUGUUUCGCGCAAGCGAUCAAAUGCUCGGUAUCUCCUUGGAACUUCAGAUGAUGUUGUCAUACUAUUAAAAGAGCUAGCAGAUUCCUUAACAUUCAGUUAAUCACAGUUACCUGCUGUUUGAUCAUUCCUUCAAAUUUAUCUAAUAAAGGGUUUACAACGAUUCCUCA